UCCGCUCCGUCCCGCUCCCCCGGCCGCGCGGUCCCCUCCCGCCGCGUGGAGGCGGAUGGCGCUGCGCAGCUAGUCGGUGCAUUGCGGCGGCGGGCGGACCCGCGCCGUGCCCGCGGCCAUUCCACACGGCGGCACCGCGCCUCGCACAGCCGCAGCCGGCGGGAGCCGCACCGCAGCCCCGCCAUGGCCAAGGAAGGAGCGCAGCGAGCGGAGGAGACGGAGCAGAUGAUCGAGAAGGAGGGCGGCAAGGAGGCCGCCGAAAGCAGCGCGGGCGGCAGCCUGCGGGCGGCGGACACCAAGGAGAUGAGAGCCGUGGUGCUGUCCGCCUUCGGGGGGCUCAACAAGCUGCGCGUGUCCAAGAAAGCCAUGCCGGAGCCGCAGGAAGGGGAGCUGAAGAUCCGCGUGAAAGCCUGUGGUUUGAAUUUUAUUGACUUGAUGGUGCGACAGGGGAAUAUUGACAACCCCCCUAAGACGCCACUUGUUCCUGGCUUUGAAUGCUCUGGAAUCGUAGAAGCUCUUGGAGAUAGUGUGAAAGGAUUUGAGAUUGGAGACAGAAUCAUGGCUUUUGUAAACUACAACGCAUGGGCUGAAGUGGUUUGUACCCCGGCAGAGUUCGUCUACAAGAUCCCAGAUGACAUGAGUUUUUCUGAAGCUGCUGCAUUUCCCAUGAACUUUGUCACUGCCUACAUGAUGCUCUUUGAAGUUGCUAACCUAAGAGAGGGCAUGUCUGUGCUGGUUCACUCUGCAGGAGGUGGGGUGGGUCAAGCUGUUGCUCAGCUCUGUUCAACCAUUCCCAAUGUUACUGUUUUUGGAACAGCUUCAUCUUUCAAACAUGAAGCAAUCAAAGACUCAGUAACUCACCUGUUCGACAGAAAUGCAGACUAUGUGCAAGAAGUAAAAAGAAUCUCAGCAGAAGGGGUAGAUAUUGUUUUGGAUUGUCUGUGUGGAGAAAAUACCGGGAAAGGCCUCAGCCUUCUCAAGCCACUUGGGACCUACAUUUUAUAUGGUUCAUCUAACGUGGUUACUGGGGAGACAAAAAGCUUCUUCAGUUUUGCAAAAUCAUGGUGGCAGGUUGAGAAAGUGAAUCCUAUCAAGCUGUAUGAGGAGAACAAAGUUAUUGCUGGAUUUUCUCUGUUGAACCUACUUUUCAAACAGAAUCGAGGUAGCCUGGUCAAGAUUGUGAUGGACAAACUCCUAAAUCUAUAUAACAGUAAGAAGAUCAAGCCUGUAGUUGAUUCAUUAUGGGCUUUGGAAGAGGUGAAGGAGGCCAUGCAGAGAAUCCAUGACCGAGGUAACAUAGGAAAACUAAUUCUGGAUGUGGAGAAAGCACCCACUCCCCUGGUGAGUGCAAAGCACUACAUACAUGGCGUACAGUCUCACAAGAUGGCCAACGACAGCACAGAGACAAGUGAGGCUGGAGAGGAGGAAGAAGAUCACGAAGGGGACAAUGAGAAUAAAGAGCGCAUGCCAUUCAUCCAGUAAGAGCCAGAGGUGAUGGAAGCAGAAUGAUUGAUUCAGUAGAAGGGAACAAGACUGGGAAAUAUUCUCUGCAUCAGUGAACAAAUGCUGUAGUACAGUGUGUGUUGUAUUUGUCUGCAGUCAGCUGAGCUAUGAGCUGUUGAUCAUUGUUUUGAACUCAAGUGCCAUUCUCAUCCAGUGCAGUAUUAUGACAUUCCUGUGUAAUACCCAGUUUCCCUGUAGGAGUCCCAUGGAUUUUUCUGUUUCAGUUUAAAAGCCUCAUUAACUUACUGUGUAAUUUUAGAUGGGCAUCUUUCUCAUGCAAAUUCCAACUUUUUGCAUAAAGUUAUUUGGAGGGUUGAGCUUUUUUUUGCAAGUUGACAACCACAGUAACAAAAAGUAUUGCCCACUUGCUGUAUUGAAGAUUCUGCUAAUUGGAGGGAGGAUUCUUAAGUUUGUGAAUUUUUCAGUGUUAAAGUAGUUUUCCUUUUAUGAACCACAGAUAGAAGUUUCAAAAAUGGUAAGUUUAUUUUCCUUUAUCACGCUUCCUCAUUUUAUAAGCAAUCCUGUCUUCAUUUUCAAAAAUACCUCAUUUUGAAUUGUGGAAUCUGAAAUUGUGCAUUAAUUGACAGACAGACUCUGAUUAGUAUCGUAUAAUCAUAUUAGCCAUCAGCACCAGUAAUUAAACACUUCAUUCAGAGUGCCAGCUAUCUUGCUUUCCUGUUGAUCUGAGUUAUCGCCCCAUAUGUUUUAGGCACCAGAGGUCAGUUAGCUACUCACUUUAGGGCCAGAACAAUUUGCAUUGUUACUGACAGUUCAACAUCGUGUUCUAUGAAGGAUGCAUUGACUCAUCUGUGUCUAAAAUCCGAAACAUUUGUAGGUUUAACUUUUAAAUCCCAUUAGUAAGGAUCACUCUUCAGUAUGUGGAAGGAAUUUGUUGGCAGUUUACUGCUCUUAAAUCACUAUGUAUUGAUCAACUAUGAAGCUGGAGCUGAACUUCUAAAGAAGUUAACCCUUUAAAAAGUGACUUUUUAGACCUUAAUCCCAUCACAAAUGGGGAUAACUUUACCUAGGCAAGUAAUUCUAUUAAAAGCUUUGCUCCAUAUGUAUGGUUAUAUUUGUGAUUAUUUGAAGGAUCAAAUAUACAAAACCAGCUAGUCUAUCUACCUCCCACUAGUGGAAACUAUGUCUAAACAUGACAAAAGUAAAUAUUUUUUCUUGACUUUCACCUAUCCAAACAGAAGCUACUCAGGUCCUUGGUGGUCUUGUUGAAAUAAACAUUUUAAAAUAACUGCAAACAACUUCAGUAGAAAUGCUAAAAGAAAGUCAGAGACCUUGUUAUAAUGCCAUGUAUCUUUGAAUUAAUAUAUUUUUAGUAUAUUUUUUUGCAAAAGAAGUUAUUUCUCCAGGCAUGGCUAGUUGUGCUCCUAAUUCUACAAAUAUGUAGUAGUGAUAGAAGUUGAAAAAUAUACAGAAGGGGAGAGGGAUUGCUUCUCAGGCUUUUCUCAAUGUGAAAGUAAUUGUGAGUCUGGAUUACUUUUAUGUGUGGUUUUAGAGGAUUCUCUUGUGUUGUUUUUUCGUUUUGUUUUGUUUUUCCUACUUGUUUAAUUUUUGCUGCCUGAGUAUUUAUGUCCAUCUCUUCAUACUGUGCUCAUGAAGUUGCCGUCCUACUGUUCUAAUGCUAGAUAAUUGUGCAGAAUGUUCGUUCUAAGAAAGUUUCCCUUCAGUUGAACAAAUUCAGAAAUGAUGAGAAGAACUAACUGUGGAGGAAAAUGCCAAAAAAAGCUUUUGCUGAAAUAUUAGUCAAAACAAACUUCAGCCUUCCUUAUAUAUUGAAGCAGAACUUCAUUCUAGUUGAUUUUCUUUCUGUGUUGGACUUACCUAGGCUUCCGGUGCCAUAUCAAACCCAAACAGGAGCUCAAUAUGCAGAAAAAAUAUAUAUUCAAUGAGUUUUCCAUGUGUUGGGAAUUGCCCAAUGAGCUUUUAAGAAAGGCCAUUAAGUUUUCACAAUUCAGUAGGAAACAUGCCCAAUUUUGUUUUGCAGUUAGUGUAACAAUGUUGUCCUGCAACAAACCUUAACAUAACUAGAAAUUUUGAUUUGACGCCAAAGUGAGCAAUAUUGCUGGUGACCUUUGAACUGGCAGUAAAGUGGCAUUCUCAAGGCCUUAAAUUAGUAGGGCAAGCAGAAUAGCAAAUCCAUUCUUCUGUUAUAAACCACAGUAUGGUUGGCUAUACAGUUAAAUUUCCCUUAUAGAUAAAUAGAGAGGGGUGAGAUGGUGGUCAUGGCCACAGGCACCAUGGGGACAACAAUCAGAUGAAAUAAUUUUGGCUAGUCUUUCUGGUUUUGUUAGCAAGGCAAAAAUACUUUUCAUGCUAAUUCAUACCGAUUUCAGGGCCAUUUUCUGAUCAGCAGAAUGUCAGGUAAUUGCAAUGCGUUCAGAGGACUAUUCUGGAUCUACAUAAGCACUACACAGAUCAGUAUUACAAUCACUGAGCUAAAUUCUACUCCGUGUUGUAGCGAUAUUAAUAUGGCACAUAUGAAGGUUACUAAUGAAACGAAUGAAAGUUUUCAGGUGCCUGUUUUGGAAGCAGGAUUUGUGCUAGCAGAAUUUGGCCCAUAAGCCCGAAAUACUUUCUAGAAUACCACAAACAGUAGUAUCACGUUUGAAGUGGUAGAGGGCAUGCUAUACAAAAUGAUGGUGAGACUGUUGUUACUGAACAAGUCUUAUUGCAGAAGAAAUGAAGGUUUGUGUUUACUACUAACACUUGCGUUUAAACAACUGUAAGACAAUUUGAUAGUUUCUUCAAGUGAAACAAAUUAUUUCUUAAAUUGCCUUAAAGGAACUGUGAAAGCUUCUCUUUAUCUUAAGCCUGAUUGAAGUGAACUGAAAUACUGUUUAAUUGUAUUUGUUGCUUUAGAGCUUUUGUUAUAUUGUGCCUACAAAGCAAAUUAUGUUUACAUAAAAAUAUAAAUAAAAUACUGAGCAUAGCAUUA